AAGGCGCAUAGUCGUUCAUGUUGUGAUCCGUGCAUAGCCGGUGGAGCAGCCAUAUGCCCCGAUCGAGUGUCUUUUUAAACAUCUUUCACAGCAGUCACCAAGAGCAUCCGGAGGGAAACGCGGGCUCAAGAUGACGGUGCUGCACUUCUACCAACGAGAAGCAGAUGGCGUGGUGGGGUGGAACCAGCAGAACGUGGGACAAGCCUUUCCAGAAAUGAAUGUUCAGACAGAGAGCUGCUUCAAUGUGGAGUGGAGUGGACCUUCGAAGCCCCGCCAGGAGGAGUUGGCUGUCUUGCACUGGCUGUUCAGCAGCCCCUUUCAUCCCGAGUGUCUGAAUGAGAAGCCGUUCUUAGUUCCUGGGGAAACUGAAAAACUUGUGGAGAUUGGGCCAAGGUUGAAUUUUUCAACUGCCUGGUCAACCAAUGCUGUGUCCAUUUGCCACAGUGUGGGGCUGAAAGAUGUGAGCAGGAUAGAGCUGUCCCGACGUUACCUGAUUAAGCCCAAGGUCAAAGAUGAGAAGAAGUUGACUGAUGCACAGCUGGACACACUGGUCCACUCUCUGUUUGACCGGAUGACUGAAUGCAUCUACUCUCACCCUAUUGAGUCAUUUGCAGUAGAUGCCCAACCCCAGAAAGUGUUUCAAGUGGAUGUUCUUGGAAAAGGACGGGCAGCCCUGGAGAAGGCCAAUCAGGAGUUAGGUUUAGCGUUUGAUCCGUGGGACCUUGAUUACUACACAGACCUUUUCCUGCGUGUCCAGCGCAAUCCCACCAGUGUGGAGUGCUUUGAUCUGGCGCAGUCAAACAGUGAGCAUAGCCGCCACUGGUUCUUCCGAGGGCGAAUGAAAGUGGAUGGAAUGGAGAAGAGAGAGUCUCUGUUCAGCCUCAUCAUGGGAACGCAGCGUCACAGUAACCAGAACAACGUCAUCAAGUUCUGUGACAACAGCAGUGGAAUCGAGGGCUGUGAGGUGGAGGGCUUGUACCCUUGUGAUACGGCCCAUGCCAGUCACUACGAGCGAGUGCGCAGUAAACGGAAUAUCAUCUUCACUGCAGAGACCCACAACUUCCCUACAGGUGUGGCACCAUUCAGUGGCGCUACCACUGGUACCGGAGGACGCAUUCGGGAUGUCCAGUGCACAGGCAGAGGUGCCCAUGUUAUUGCUGGCACUGCUGGCUACUGCUUUGGGAACCUCCAUAUCCCAGGUCACACCCUCCCUUGGGAAGAUGCCACGUUUGAAUACCCCUCCAACUUUGCUCUUCCUCUUCAGGUGGCGAUUGAGGCCAGCAAUGGGGCUUCAGAUUAUGGAAACAAAUUUGGGGAGCCCGUCCUAGCAGGGUUUGCACGCUCCUUUGGCAUGAGGUUACCCAACGGUGAGAGGCGUGAGUGGAUCAAGCCCAUUAUGUUUAGUGGUGGCAUCGGCUCCAUUGAGGAUCGUCACAUCUCAAAGGAAGUUGCCGAGCCAGGCAUGGAGGUGGUGAAGAUUGGGGGUCCAGUGUACAGAAUUGGAGUUGGUGGAGGAGCCGCCUCAUCAAUCCAAGUCCAAGGUGACAACUCCAGUGACCUGGACUUCGGAGCUGUCCAGCGAGGUGACGCUGAAAUGGAGCAGAAGAUGAACCGAGCUUUAAGGGCCUGCAUUGAGCGGAGAGCAGGCAAUCCUGUGUGCAGCAUUCAUGACCAGGGUGCUGGGGGAAAUGGUAAUGUGCUGAAAGAGCUGAGUGAGCCAUCUGGGGCCGUCAUCUAUGCCAGCAGAUUUAAGACAGGUGACCCCACACUGAGUGCCUUGGAAAUCUGGGGAGCCGAGUACCAAGAGAGCAAUGCCCUGCUGAUGCGCCCAGCUGACUGCAGCUUCCUCCGUCGUGUCUGUGAACGUGAGAAGUGUCCUGUGGACUUUGUGGGCCACAUCACUGGGGAUGGCAGGAUUGUCCUGGUGGAUGACAGAGAAGGCCAUCCUCAAGGUGACCAGGAGCCCUGGACAUCCCAGCCUGUGGACCUCCAGCUCGACUGGGUGCUAGGAAAGAUGCCUCAGAAGGAAUUUGUUUUAGAAAGUUGCCAGCCUGACCUGCACCCCCUGCUCCUGCCUCCUGGCCUUACUGUUCAAGACGCUCUGACGCGGGUCCUCCAGCUUCCAGCAGUUGCCAGCAAGCGCUACCUGACCAAUAAGGUGGACCGGUCCGUGACUGGCCUGGUGGCCCAGCAGCAGUGUGUCGGCCCGCUCCACACACCCCUGGCAGAUGUUGCUGUGGUUGCUCUGUCUCCGUUUGGCACAGAAGGUGCUGCCACUGCAGUGGGGGAGCAGCCAAUCAAAGGGCUACUGAGUGCAGCUGCAGGUGCCCGCAUGGCGGUUGCCGAGGCUCUGACCAACCUGAUAUUUGCACGUAUCACUGACCUGAGGGACGUGAAGUGUAGUGGAAACUGGAUGUGGGCAGCUAAGCUACCUGGAGAGGGUGCUGCCCUGUUGGAAGCCUGCAGUGCCAUGUGUAACGUCAUGGCUGAGCUGGGCAUUGCAGUGGACGGGGGGAAGGACUCCCUUAGCAUGGCGGCGAGGGUCAGGGAGGAGACCGUCAAGGCACCUGGGUCCCUGGUCAUCUCCACCUAUGCGAUGUGUCCAGAUAUUACUGCCACUGUCACGCCAGACCUCAAGCACCAUGAUGGCACAGGCGUACUUCUCUUUGUACCCCUCACUCCUGGCCAGCACCGCCUGGGUGGAUCAGCGUUGGCACAGUGCUUCUCUCAGCUUGGUGACCAGACACCUGACCUGGAUCAUCCUGACAAGCUGGUGUCCUGCUUUGAGGUCACCCAGAAGCACAUCCAAGCCUCUCUUCUCAGUUCUGGACAUGACAUCAGCGAUGGCGGAUUAAUCACCUGUUUGCUGGAGAUGGCCUUUGCUGGAAACUGUGGCAUAGAGGUGGAGCUGCCCCUGAGCCAGUCUGGAGUGCUGGAGGUGCUGUUCUCGGAGGAACCGGGCCUCGUCUUAGAAGUGCAGGAGGCUCACCAGGCGCAGGUGACCGAAGGCUACCACAGUGCUGGACUGACGUGCCUGACCAUCGGGAGGACGUGUGGCUCGGGGCCGAGUGCGACGAUCCGAGUUUGUGUCUGUGGCCAGGAAGUGCUGUCUGAGAGAAUGGCAAGCCUCCGAGGAUUAUGGGAGUCGACCAGUUUCCAGCUGGAGCGGCUGCAGGCCAAUCCCGUGUGCGUCCAACAGGAGGAGCGCGGACUCCAAAGCCGGACUGGGCCGGACUACAAGAUGACCUUUGACCCCGCGCAGACAAUGACCAUCUCCAGAUGUCCAGGUGUGUCUGCUCCUCGAGUGGCAGUGCUCAGAGAAGAAGGCAGCAACGGUGACCGAGAGAUGGCAGCGGCUCUGCUGAUGGCUGGCUUUGAGGUGUGGGAUGUGACCACGCAGGACCUGUGCAGUGGACCUCUGACCCUUGACCAUUUCCGAGGGCUGGUGUUUGUUGGCGGCUUCAGCUAUGCGGAUGUCCUGGGCUCCGCUAAAGGCUGGGCUGCGACGGUCACCUUUAACCCCCGUGUGCGCUCGCAGUUUGCCGCCUUCCAUUCUCGAGAGGACACCUUCAGCCUGGGCGUAUGUAACGGCUGCCAGCUGAUGGCACUGCUGGGCUGGGUUGGCUGUGCAGGUACGGGUGACGGCUUGAACAGGAGUUCGGGUGCCCCAAGUUCAUCAUCACGGACUCCCUCUUCUAAACCCGCAGGGCCAUGUGAAGCGUCGCCAAGCGUCGUCCUGACUCACAACCAGUCGGGUCGCUUCGAGUCGCGUUUCGUCACCGUGUCCAUCUUGCCAUCUCCAGCCGUGAUGCUUCAGGGGAUGGAAGGCUCCACGCUGGGCGUGUGGGUGGCCCACGGUGAAGGCUACAUGAACUUCCGGUCCCCAGCCGUGCUCGAGGACGUGGAGGCCGGGGGUCUCGCUCCAAUUCGCUAUGUCGAUGAUUGCGGAUCGCCCACAGAGACAUACCCGCUGAAUCCAAAUGGGUCCCCACGUGGCAUCGCCGGCCUCUGUUCAGACGACGGCCGUCACCUGGCUAUGAUGCCACAUCCCGAGAGGACGGUGCUGACGUGGCAGUGGCCUUGGCUGCCGGCCAAGUGGAGAGGUCAGCUGACUACGUCGCCUUGGCUUGCCAUGUUUCAGAAUGCAGCCACCUGGUGCCUGAGCCCACCGGACAGCACAGAGGGUGACGUGAACUGAGCGCAUCAACUGCAUGGACAUCACUGUUGGGGUCCACGUGGCACCAGCUAAUCUGCCCACAAAUAAAGGGUGAGGAUGA